UAUGGGAUAGCAACAAACUAAAUAACCAAUUCAUGUUCUUAUUAAGGAUAUUGAAUAUUUUAAUAAAGUUAUCAAGUAAGAACAAUAUCCUAUUGUAUUUUAAGAUCAAUGCCUUUACAACAAGAAUUAAAUAAAUAAAUCGGAGCUGAAUUGAUUUAAAAUAAAUAAACAUUUUAAGAGCAAUUACUCUCAUUCACAGCCAAAACUGAUCUUGCAAUCAUACUCAAAAUAGAUGAAAGAUAAAAAUUGAUAGAUCAAGAAACAUUCUAUAAACUAAAACAAUUAAUUUAAGAUUUAGCAUAUUUGUACAUGAAAAAUAAUGAUGAUGAAGUUUGUCAAAUUUGUUUUGAAAAAAAAAUUGAUAAACUAUUGCCAUGUGGUCAUAGUUAUUGUUAAAAUUGUAUAGAUGGAUGGUUUAGUGUAAAACUUAGAGAUUCUUGUCCAAUGUGUAGAACAAGAUUUACUAAAUAAAAAAUGCUUUAGAAUUCAUACUGUUUUCCAGAUGAAAAAGAUUUCAUAGAUUCAUUUAAAGAGGAAGUCUUGAAACUUUUAAAUUGA